AUGCCGCGACGCAGACGCCCGCCGCGCGCUGGCGCCCUCUCGGAGCUGCAGCCCCUGCGCAUCGCCUCCCAGAUUGCCCUCCUGCAGGUGCUCUACUACGUCGCCGCCGUUGUGUUCCUGCUCUUCACGGCGCUCGUUGCCGGCCUGCCGUUUGGCCUCAACAUGCUGCUCGGCUGGGAUGCCGUCCGGGGCGACACUACGACCGGCUGGUUGCUGGCCUUUGUGUGGCUGCUCGAUGGCGGCCUGUGCAUGGCCGUCGCCAUCGUCGUCCUCAUCGCCCGCAGCAAGCUCGUCCCCGACUUCGCCCUGACCAUCCACUUCCUCCACCUGCUCGCCACGACGCUCUACACGCGCUCCCUGCCCCGCCACGCCAUGUGGUGGGCCACCAUGCUCGCGUCCUCGGCGCUCGCCGUCGCCGCCGGCACCUGGGGCUGCCGCUACCGCGAGCUGCAGCCCGUCUUCUUCGGCGGCGGGCGCAUCCUGGGCUCGGGCGGCGGCGCGGCACCCCCUGCGAGCGGCACCGCAGACGACGACGACGACGAUGGCGACGUCGACGUGGAGGCUGGCGAGGGCGGCGACGGCACGCCCGAGGACGCAGACGCAGGGUUCACGCGCGGCAGGGGGAGAGGCCGCGGCAGGGACGGCGCGGGCGAGUACGAAAUGGUGCAGAUGCAAAAGGCGGCCUGA